CCGGCCUCCCGUCAGCGGCGGCGCUGCCCUGCUUACGGGCCGCGGCCGGGGUCGGGGCUCUCCGCCUUCCAGCGGGAGGGAGCUCCGAGCGGGGCCGAAGCCGUCGGCCCCUGCGGUCAGGACGCAGCCGGCGGGGGAAGGCGGCCCCGGUGGUCCGGCUGCGCCGCGGGGCCGUUCGCAGCCGCAGGAUGGAGGGCGCCGGGGCCGGCUGCGCCUCUGGAGGAAGCCAGCGUGAUCCUCACGUUGUCUGCGAAAAACACUUGUUUAAAGGCAAACUGCCAGAGCCGCUCUUUCAGCUGGCGUGCAGUCACCACCACUGCGCUUUCCCUGCGAGUCUCAAUAGGUUGUGCAUCUGGAACACAGCCACUGCUCAGCCAUUAUAUUUGUCAGGGCAUCAUUACUCAAUUUCUGCAUUGUCAUUUGGAAAUAAAAUCAAUCCGCUUCUUGUCUGCUCUGCCUCUCAUGAACAUGUGAUAGUAUGGAAUCUUGAUGAAUGUACGCAGAAAGUGCAAGAAGGGUUUAGACCUCGAGGAACUGUUAUAGGAACUCUUUUGGGAAUGGUUCUUCAUAUAAGAUUUAGUCCAGAUGAUCAACAAGUGGCAGUAUGUGCUGGAAAUCAGAUCUACGUGUUAAGUGCAAAGAAUGAAGCUAAACUAGCUGAAUUGGAUGGACACCUGUCUCCAGUGACUGCUGCUGAGUUUUGCACAUGGGAGAAAAAUAUGCUUAUAUCAGUGUCAGAAGACAGAACCUUUAAGGUGUGGGACUAUUCUACCAGUCAGUUAAUAUAUCAGUCAGGAAUAAUAACAGCAUUUCCUUUGCUAAGUCUGCUAAUUGAUGAAGAAAACAAACAGAUUAUCACUGGAUGUGCUGAGGGACAGCUUUGGAUCUUCAGUUUAAUCAGUGAUCAUAAUUACCGUUGCGUAGCGCAUAUCGACUUAAAGAAAGAGCAAGAGAAAUUCUGUAAUAAAGUGUGGAAAUCUGGCAAAAAGAUAGGUGAAGGGCAAAAUAAUUCCAAGUUUUGCAGAACAGACAGCAUGAGACCAGAAGAAUCAGUGGAAACAUCAUUGCCUGUCCUCUUAAUUGAGCAUUGUGACUUUUUUGAAUGUUUCCAUAAUGAAGAAAACAUAUAUUCUUCCCAGAAUACUAGCUAUUUUUGGAUAGGAACCUCUACUGGCUUGUUAAUAAUUAAUUUGGCAAACUUUGAAUUAGAAGCUGUUUUAUCUUAUAGAGAUUACAGUGACCUCAGCAUUUGGAUUGCCAGAUCAUGUGCGUUAACAAGGAAGGCAGCUAAUGGAAAGGUUUUAUGCUUGAUUGCCUCGAUGUUUGAAGAUAUGAUUGCUAUGUUGGAAGUCAACCUUGCUGCAUUGGUGAGAACUCAGCACAGUGAUUUUCUCCCAUGUGGAAAUGAGAAAAGUCUAUCAGUUAUUGCCAGGAGUCCUUUAUUAGCAAAUUCUCCAUUGUGUAAAGGUUUGAAGAAGAACAUGAAAGAACCUUCUAAUAAAAUGCUUGGAGUAAAGAACACAGUGAAGGAUAAACCAUUGGUUUUCCAUAAUAAAAUUAAGUCAUCAGGAUAUACAGCAGCACCACGUAGAAUGGCCAUGUUUGCUCCAAAUACUAACCUGAAAAAAAAAGAGGCAUCAAAGUGGAAGACCAGUUGCAAAUGUAAAAAUAAAGAAUAUCCUUUGGAAAGUUAUCCUCCAAUCAAAUAUGAGAAAGAGAUAUCUGUUGCUUGUAAACCAACGCCAAUUUUUUGUGUUCAAUAUUCUGGGGAUGGAGAGCUGCUGGCUUGUGGCCAGGCUGACAACACUGUGCUGAUAUUCAAUUCCAAUCUCACUGAUGUGCAUAAUGUUUUUUCAGGUCAUGAUGGUGCAGUUAACUCUGUUGGCUGGAGUCAUGACAGGAAGUGGUUAGUUUCUGCAUCAGAAGAUAGAACUUUAAGGGUCUGGUCAGUCUGCAAUAAGGAGCCUGCCCUAAUUCUGGGUAAAGAGAAGUUCCAUAAGACUGCAUGCUUUGCACAGUUUUAUUUUAUAGAUACAUUUAUAUUGCUGUGUUGUGGAGCUGAAUUUCAUUUAUUAAGUUUCCAUCUAGACACAACCAAGGAUGACCUAAAACGAUACAAACAAAGGAGUGUUUGCAAAUUGGUACAGAAAUUUCCCAUGACUUCAGCAAUGGCGAUUACUAGCCUUUCAGCAGUAAAUGAGUUCUAUUCUUAUAUUGUACUUACAGCUGGCAGCAACCGAGCAUUGGAAGUUUUCGACCUCAAUGCAGGCUGCAGCACAGCAGUGAUACAGGAAGCUCAUGUUAGAGCAGUCCAUCAAAUUUGCCAAAAUAAGGGAUCAUCCUUCAGCACUCAGCAACCUGAAGCUUACAACCUUUUCCUGACCACAGCUGCAGGUGACGGCAUCAAACUGUGGGAUUUAAGAACACUGAGGUGUGAACGUCGUUUUGAAGGGCACAGUAGCCACUGCUAUCCAUGUGGAAUUGCAGUGUCUCCUUGUGGACGCUUUAUAGCCAGUGGAUCAGACGACAAAUACAUGGCUUAAUGUGCAACUGGGACAGUUUUAAUAGUAUCAAGAAGUCACAUAUUUCUCAAGAUUGUAUGAAUGAAUGUCUACUGGAAUAAGCUGCAUAAAAAAUCAGUAGUGUGGAUGCAAAGUGUUAUCUUCAAAAAGAACAUUCUGGAAAUAUGUUAUGUACCUUUCCACUGAGAAGCAGCUGCAUCUUCAGUCAUCUUGGAGUUUACUUUAUUAAGUGCAAUUCUUGCACCCUGUGGUUAACAAACGUGAUUUAUUUUAAAGCCAAAAGAGGCAUAAUUGGAAUACAAUUGAAAGACAUGGACCAUAAACUGCCUUUUGUGUUUCACAAAAGCUGAAGUAUUUGAUAAAGAGGAAUAUUUUGUCUACAAUGAUCACAUUCCUACAGGACAUAGAAACAGCAACCCAAAAUACGUUAUUGUAAAAAAAGAGAUGAAAAUUCUGCCUUUUUUUCUAUUUUGAGGGUGUAUGACCUGUUUUAUAUAAGAGCUUGAUGUAGCUUCUGUGUGGCUGAAGUAGCCACAUGGUUUUAUUUGAACUGCUUUGGUGCAUGUUAGUGUGAGAUUUGUACUGUAAAUUAGGAUUGACAGUGUUCCCUAGCUGAUUACUCCAACUUCCUUAAGAGAGUCUUUACCAAGACCUGUGUAGGACCUGACAGUCUGAUAAGCAGGUGACCAGAAUCCUAGUUUUGGACUGUGAUUGUUGUUUCUGUAAUUAGUUGUGACUAGAAAAUAUAAAAUGUUAACACUUCUAAUGUCAAAUCGUCUCUGCAUCCUAAACAGCCUAAGGUUACCAGUGAAUUUAGUUGACUUUUGCUUAAUUGAAUGUGCAUAAUAUUGUAAUUUCUAACCAUCUUACAAGUGGACAGUCUCAGGUUUCUGACUAUCAAUAUUAUCAAGGACGUUGGACCUUAAUAUACCUUAACUGGGUUUAGAUUUCAUUAGUCCAUUUUGCUGGACUCUGUACAAAACUGUUUACCUAAAAAUUUGUUUAUUAAAGCAAUCUUAGUGUAAAAAGACAAGAAAUAUCUGGACAGUGUGAAAUGCUACUUUUUAUAAUAAAAAGAACUAAUUUCUGUUCCAUGUAGUUCUAGUUAGCUGUUUUAUUUUAUGUCUAAUUAGACACUUAAUUUUUGUCUUUGAAGACCU